AUGCUGCGCUGGUUCAUAACCGUGAUCCUGUGUGCUGCCUUCCUGGGGCUGGGAAUGAGUGUUGCUAUACUGGGACCGACAUUUCAAGAUUUGGCAACAAAUGUGAACCGCAAUAUUAGCAGUCUUUCUCUGAUUUUUGUGGGCCGUGCCUUUGGAUUUUUAAGUGGCUCAGUGAUUGGUGGAGUUCUUCUUGACAUUAUGAAUCAUUUUCUACUUUUGGGGGUGUCAAUGUUGACCACCACAGCUGGUCUUUAUCUUGUUCCAUUUUGUAAGACAGCAGUAUUACUGAUUGUCAUGAUGUCCGUCUUUGGUGUUUCAGCUGGCAUUCUGGAUACAGGUGGUAACGUCCUAAUCUUGGCUAUCUGGGGGGACAGAGGAGCCCCACAUAUGCAGGCCUUACACUUCAGUUUUGCCUUGGGUGCCUUUUUGGCUCCACUGCUGGCUAAGUUGGCAUUGGGCACGACGGUGUCUGCUGAAAACCACGCAGAGCCUAACUCUAACCAUUCUGCCCUCAACCAGUCAUCUGAAGCUGACUCAGAAUCUCUACUCGGAGUACCUGACAAUAUGAAUUUACUGUGGGCGUAUGCUGUUAUUGGUACUUACGUUUUUGUAGUUGCUACCUUUUUUUUGGCUCUGUUUUUAAAGAAGAGCUCAAGGCAGGAAAAAGCAAAAGCAUCUGCUCAGAGGUCUCGAAGAGCUAAAUACCACAAUGCCCUUCUUUGUCUCCUUUUUUUGUUCUUCUUUUUUUAUGUUGGAGCCGAGGUAACAUAUGGCUCUUACGUUUUCACGUUUGCGACCAGCCACGCAGGCAUGACGGAAAGUGAAGCGGCUGGGUUGAACUCCAUCUUCUGGGGGACCUUUGCAGCCUGCAGGGGCCUAGCAAUCUUUUUUGCUACAUGUUUACAACCUGGAACCAUGAUUGUGUUAAGCAACAUUGGCAGCCUGACAUCAUCCUUAUUGUUGGUGCUUUUCGACAAGAGCCCAGUUUGUCUCUGGAUAGCGACUUCGGUGUAUGGGGCCUCGAUGGCAACCACGUUUCCCAGUGGUGUUUCUUGGAUUGAGCAGUACACAACCAUCCAUGGGAAAUCUGCAGCAUUUUUUGUAGUCGGUGCUGCCCUGGGAGAAAUGGCUAUUCCUGCAGUAAUUGGAAUUCUUCAAGGACAAUACCCUGAUUUGCCUGUAGUUUUGUACACCUGUUUGGGGGCAUCGAUAGCCACUGCUAUUUUAUUUCCCGUGCUCUAUAAAUUAGCCACCUCACCUCUCAGUCAGCAGCGAAAAGAACACACAAAAAGCGAGGACCAGAAAGCUUUGCUGUCUAGUUCUGAGCUAAAUGACUAUGAGGAAGACAAUGAAGAAGAGGAUGCAGAAAAAUGGAAUGAAAUGGAUUUUGAAGUGAUUGAAAUGAAUGAUACAAUGAGGAAUUCUGUAAUAGAGACAUCUAAAAAUAUUUUGAUGGAGCCCUUGGCUGAAAUCUCCAGUCAGUUCCACUCCAGUGCAGUGGUAUUGGAGUCCCCUCAAGUUAAUAGUGGCCAGUUCCCUGUGAAUCACUUGCAAGAAACCAGGCUAAAAGGGACUAACACCUAG